UAAAAUGUCAGAAUUUGACGAGAAAGCUCUUUUAGAGAGAACUAGUAAAGCUGAAUUAGAAGCGAAGUCCAUCGAGGCGGAACUGGACAAACUCACAAAUGGGGACUUAAGUUCAGCAGUAGACUCUCGAUUAGACCAGUUAUUACUAGAAAAUGAAAAACUCAAGCAUCGCCUUGCCAUAAUCGAAAAUGCCAUCAAAGCCGAGUCUAACCUUACUCCUGGUUUGGAAAGUCGUAAAAGACCUAAGUUAAUAACAGAUAUUAGUUCUGUCGAAGGCAACAUAUGUUUAUUGGAUGAACUUAAAAAUAUAUUUGAAAUAGCAAUUACAUCUGCCUACCCCAAUUUGGUGGACCCGCCAAUAGUUCUAACUCUUUCAGGCAAUAACCCUAAAUUCGGCGACUAUCAGUGUAACUCUGCUAUGCCUAUUUCUCAUUUACUAAAAUCAAUGAAUGUAUCAACAAACCCGAGAGAAGUUGCCAACAACAUACUUAAUAAAACACCAACAUCUCCACUUAUAGAGAGAAUUGAAGUAGCAGGAGCAGGUUUUCUGAAUAUAUAUUUAAAUAAGAAAUUUGCUGAGCAUGUGUUAAACUGCAUCCUCCAAUAUGGUGUUAGACCACCACCUGUUAAAAGGGAAAGAGUAAUAGUUGAUUUCUCAUCACCAAAUAUUGCCAAGGAAAUGCAUGUUGGUCAUUUGAGGUCCACUAUAAUAGGUGAUAGUAUUUGUCGAAUUCUUGAGUUUUUGAACCAUGAUGUCUUGCGUUUGAAUCAUUUAGGUGAUUGGGGAACACAAUUUGGAAUGCUGAUUGCUCAUCUGCAAGAUCAAUUUCCAGAUUAUAAGACUUGUUCACCACCAAUUUCUGAUCUGCAAGCUUUUUACAAGGAAUCAAAGAAAAGGUUUGAUGAGGAUGAAGAAUUUAAGAAGAGAGCAUAUUCUUGUGUUGUGCAACUGCAGUCAGGUCAACCUGAUUACAUUGCAGCAUGGAAACUUAUAUGUGAAGUGUCUCGAAGGGAGUUUCAGAAAAUCUAUGACCGGUUGGACAUUCGUAUCAUAGAUAGAGGGGAGUCUUUUUAUCAAAGUAGGAUGGAUGCUGUGGUGAAAGAACUCAAAGACGGUGGUUUUCUUGAAGAAGAUGAAGGAAGAUUGAUAAUGUGGGGUGAUCCUGAUACACAUGAAGGCAUACCUUUAACAGUUGUGAAGUCUGAUGGUGGUUACACAUAUGACACUUCAGAUAUAACAGCAAUUAAACAGAGGGUAGAUGAAGAAAAGGGGGAUAGGUUUAUUUAUGUAACUGAUGCUGGUCAAUACACUCAUUUCGUGACAAUUGAUGCAUGCGCAAGACGUGCAGGUAUUCUUAAAAAUUCACAAAAGAUAGAGCAUGUUGGUUUUGGUGUUGUACUUGGUGAAGACAAGAAAAAAUUCAAGACACGGUCCGGUGAUACUGUGAAACUCAUUGAAUUACUUGAUGAGGGUCUAAAGAGAUCACUCGAUAAAUUGGUAGAAAAGGGCAGAGACAAAGUCCUAACUCCUGAAGAGUUGAAGAAAGCUCAAGAAGCGGUUGCUUAUGGUUGUAUUAAAUAUGCUGAUCUCUCACAUAACAGGGUCAAUGAUUAUGUCUUCUCUUUUGACAAAAUGUUGGAUGAUAAAGGAAAUACUGCAGUUUAUUUAUUAUACGCAGUGACACGGAUCAGAUCUAUUGCACGAAAUGCUCAAGUUUCUGAAACAAAAUUAUUAGAGGAAGCAAUGAAAUCUGGUUUCAAACUUGAGCAUGUUACAGAGUGGAAAUUAGGCAAAGUACUUUUGAGAUUCCCCGAGGUGAUUCUCAAAGUUGCAAAUGAUCUAUACUUGCAUAGUCUGUGUGAAUACUUAUAUGAAAUCUCAUCUACCUUCACCGAGUUCUAUGAUAAAUGUUAUUGCAUCCAAAAAGAUAAGAGCGGAAAUAUUGUUGAUAUUUCUUAUGAAAGACUAAUGCUUUGUGAGGUAACAGCUAAAGUCAUGGAAAAGUGUCUUGAAAUCUUAGGUAUCAAGACAGUUUCAAAAAUGUAAUAUACUGAUUUAAUUUAUACUUUUACCAUUUUUACAGUUUAUAAC